AUGACGGAUGCUGAGAGGUUUUCUGAAUGGAAGGCUCUGUGGAUUGGUUGUCCCCAGCCUCUUGCUUCUUGUCUAACGGCAAACACAUCCCUGAUCCAAUCCCCAGGAGCUCUGGUGGUGCGUGAAGGUGAAACAGUGGAGAUACGGUGUGUCCUGAACAGCACCAAUGUGUAUGACAUUGUGAAAUCAUUCCACGUUUACUGGUACAACUCACGUAAUGGAAAAAUCAAACUUAGUCUUCAUGUCGAUGGCGUCAUUUACAGGUCACCGGGCUUCUCCGAUCGAUUUCAGCUUUCCAGGAACAACACCAGUAACAGCUACUCACUGACCAUCAGAGAGGUGAAGAUUAACGACUCUGCUAAUUACAUCUGUGGCCUUUGGGGGAAUUUAUUUGGAGAUGGAACCAAGCUGAAUGUAACCAUUGCAAAUCCUCCGAUCCUGAUCCAAUUCCCGAGGCUGGAGCGUGUCACUGAGGGUCACACGGCACGGUUACAUUGCUCCAUGGAGAACGCUGAAGUGGGAAACACUGAUGUUCACUGGUACCGAGAACUACCCGGGCAGGACAUGGAGUGGGUUUUAACACACGAGGCAGGAGGCAGCGUACGAAGGAGACCAGGCUUCACUGAGCGGUUCCAGCCGUUCAAAGAUGCCUCCAACAGCAGCUUCAUCCUGACGGUCACAAACGUGACGCUCAAUGACUCUGCCGUCUAUUACUGCACAGUGUGA